AUGCUAUAUGUCGCGCACGCCUACGAGGCCUCGGCCAUCAUCCAGACACUCGCCUUGCCAACAUUCCUGCCGACGGGACCAUGUCUGGCGCUGGUCAAACAAUCUUGCAUCGAGUUCCUCUCGCUCGCUACCGACGCCGGAAGCACCGCAUCCUCGGCAGGACUGCUCGAAACCGUUCAGACCAUCACGGUCAAUGGUCGCAUCCUCGCCGCUCAAGCCGUCACCGAACCUAGCUCGAAUGCCACAUCACAAAAGCAAUCGCUCCUCCUCCUCACAGACCACUACCAGUCCAAGCUGAUCAGUCUGACUGCCUCGAUCGAUCCUGACAAUGGCGAGACCAACAUCCAAACCAUCGCUACACUGGCUCUCGACGAAGUUGCCCGCUCUCCGGCAGAGUCCGCACUUGGCGUGUGGUGUGAGCCCUUGUCGCCUGGCACGCCUUCAAUCGGUCAGAGGAUCGCUCUGAGUCACGUCUACAGAGGCGUCGCUAGGGUCAUCCCCCUCGCCGACCCUGCUAGCUCAUCGCGCUCGCGUGCAUAUGACGACGCAGACCAGGACAUGCAAGACAUCUCGCACACCAACUCGCUCAGCCGCGGCGCACACUUCUCACAAUCCUUCAGCGUGCGACUACCGCAUCCCAAUCUGCUCUCGUGUGCUCUUCUCAGCCCUAGCUCUCCUUCCUCAGUUCCGGCCGUCGCGCUGCUCUCUCAAUCCAGUGUUCCCAGCGAGAUACCCGGCCUCGGCGAGCUGUGCCUUCCCGUGCUGUCUUUCCAUUCCGUCGACGUCAGCAGCCAAGAGCUGUCGCCCAUGCCCUGGGGUCCUCCACGCAGACCUCCUCGCCGCAACGAAAGCCAAGAUACCGAGGAGGACGCCGACAAGCGCUUCCACCCACAGUCGUCCUCUGCCGCCACACAGGCCAGCCGCGACCUCAAGACCGCCAAAAAGGACGACAAAGCCGCUUCACGCAAACAGCACGGUCCUGCAGCCAUGGGCGCAAAACUCACUCUCAACGAUCUGCGCAACAGGGAGGAGGUCCGCGCAAAGUCGGACCUUGCUCAAUGCCAUGUACCGCUGCCCACGGCCGAUGCUCUUGGCGCUCACUACGUACAUGCUCUUCCUGCUCAUGUUGGCGCUGGCGUUCUCGUCUUUUCCGAAACGAGCAUCCUCUACGUGCCACCGCCCUCGAAUCCUCCCGCUUCCACCAGUAGCAACAAUGACGAUGCCACCACCGCAUCAGAUCCUGCGGAUACGAAAGGCAAAAGACGCAAAGCGAGCCAAGGUAGCAUCGCCGAAACCCGCAGGCGAUCUUCCGCAGCAAACACCCAAGCAGCCGCCAACGUCGCCACCACCUCCACCCCAUCCAACGAGAACGGCAAACGUCGACGCUCUUCCGUCAAUGUGUCUGCCGCCGGUGCAGAUUCACCCACCAAGUCUGCCUCCUCAACGCCGUCGCGUCCAAAGCUUCUUCGCGUCGGCCUUCCCCACCCUGUCCAGGUGAUCUCGGUCGUUGACCUGAAUGAUGCAGAUCGCUCUUCGUCCGCAGGCCCGGACAAGUUUUCCGUGCUCUUUGCUUGCAGUUCUGGCGCGCUCAACGUGCUCCGCCUCUCGAUGCAUCAAGAUACCCAAGAGGUCGCCUCUUACCCCUCCCAGCCCAGAUCGAUGAGAGUCGAGACGCUUGGCACCGCAUCUCAGCCUGCAGGGCCUCAAGCCCUUUCCUACCUCGGUCAAGGGCUUGUCUGCGUCGGCAGUGCCACGGGCGACAGCUGCCUCUACAAUAUUCUUGAACAGAACGCAUCGCAGAGUACCCCAGCUUCUUUGGGCGAACAGCUGCUGACCCCGCCAUCAUCGCCCACACAAGCCAGAAGGAGAAGGUCGUCCCACACCGUCGGCACGUCUCGCGACAGCUCCGAGCUUCCCACCGGCGGAUCCCUCGCUCUCCUCGACACGUGGCACAAUCUUGGACCUGUGGUCGAUUUCGUGGUCGACGACGGUGCCGGUGGAGAUCCGACCUCUUCAUCCGGCGCGCAAGCCAGGAUCGUCACAUGCAGCGGUGCUGGUCCUACUGGUAGUAUUCGAGAAGCGCGCAGCGGUGCCUCGGUGCAGGAAGUUUCGUCGCUGCCUAUUCCCAACGCUCAACAAGUAUGGCCUGUUCACGGUGGAGACGGCAUAGCGGCUAAGCAAUCCAUUGGCCUGCUUGUCGGGUUCGCCACUUCGACUGCCUACUUUCACUUCGAUGCAAACGGACAACUCGCCGACGCCACCGACCGACUUGCUGCUGCUGGCAUCGACGUGUCGCAACCAACACUUGCAGCUUCAAGUGUGCUGGGCCAAGGCACGGGUCCGCUAUUGCUUCGCGCUGCUCGCAAGGAAGUCUCGCUUUUCAGCCUCGAAGGAGAGAACGUAUCGAUUCGGUCCCAGUGGGUGCCUCCCACAGGACUCGAGGUGACGGCCGCCAGUGUUAACUCGACCGGUCAAUCGGUCGUUGCGCUGAGCGACAAGAGCUUGCUGCACCUCUCCGUAGAAGCCGGUGCGCUGACCGAACUUAGAAAAGUCCAAUUGGACCAUGAAGUAUCGUGUCUGGACGUCAGCUCGUUGGUCGCAGGCGAAGCGGCUCGCUUUGUGGCUUGCGGCUUCUGGCAAACCAGAACGGUCCAGAUCUUCUCGCUGCCUGACCUUGCCGCCGUCGGUCAGUCCUCUGUGGUGCAGCAAAGACUCUCGGCGGUGCCUCGCUCCAUCCUGCUGCAUCAGUUCGCAAGCAGCCAGCCGGAAGCUGGUCCGCAUGGCCAGCCAAAAGCCUCGUUGGGUAAUCGAGACUCUCUCACUCCGCACCUGCUCGUUGGGUUGGGAGACGGCAGUCUGGUCUCGUACAGUAUGAGCCUCCCGACGGGCGACAGCUACACCAGCACUGUUGGCCUUGCUGAUGCCAAGACAGUGUCGUUGGGCACACAGGCGCUCAAGCUUGAUGCCGUCGAGACCUCGGCCGGUGCUCGUGUGGUUGCUGUCUCCGGCAGUCGCCCGACGCUGGUCUACGCCGACUCGAAACGAUUCUCGUACAACGCACUCAAGUACAAAGAUCAGCGCAGCGUCACUCCGUUGAGCGCUGGUCCCGGUCAAGUGUUUGCUGCAUUCGCCUUGUCCGACUCGAUCGAGCUGGCUGCCAUCGGCGCACUCAGGCAGCGCGACAUCCGCACGUUCCCUCUGGGCUUGGAACAGCCGCUUGCCAUCGCUCAAUGGGCCAAUCGAAAGGUCUUCGCCGUCUGUACCUGGACCUUCCUGCCUCGAGGUACCGCGUCCAAAGUCGAGCGCCCACGGGGAGCUUUGCGGAUCCUCGACCACGUCACGUUUGAGCUGCUGGACGAGAUCCGGCUGGAGCCGGACGAGCGACCAAAUUGUAUCACCCUGUUGAAAUCGCAAGGUCACGAGCUGCUUGUGGUCGGAACGGGCUACGUCUCCGAACAGUCGAGCGAGACAACGCGCGGCCGCCUCGUAGGGUUCGACGUUUCCACCGGUUCGUCUCGCACCAAGGAAGAGCGCGGCCGACUUCGCCAGCUGUUCGAGCAUGCCGAGAACGGCAACGUGUACAACCUGCAACCGAUAAACCAUCGGCUCGCUGCUGCGGUCAAUUCGGAGGUCAAGAUCUACAGCAUCGUCGACCCGCGUCCGAGCAACGUGGCGGCGCCUCGCAUCAUGGUGCGACAGCGCGGAAGCUGGGCGAGCUCGUUUGUCGCUUGCAAUCUCUCUGCCAUCGAGCCGGACCGCAUCGUGGUGGGCGACGCGCUGAGAUCGAUGAAUGUGCUGCAUGUGCACCCGUACACAGCCAGGGUCACCGAGAUCGCCAGGGACUGCGAUCCUUUCUGGACGAGCGCGACGGAGCUGCUGGACGAAGAGACGCAGACGUACAUCGGUGCCGACGUCAGCUUCAACAUUUACACGACGCAGAGGGUUCCGAUAAGUGAGGAGGACAAGACUCGGAUCCGUCGUGCGAGGGAGCGCGAUACCGAACGAGCGAUCAGCGCUGUCGACCCACGAACCACGCGAAACCCAGCCGAGGUCGAUCAGUACCAACACGUGAUGCAACGCAACGCCGUCUGGCACUACGGGGAUAUGAUCAACAAGUUCCGCCGAACAUCGCUCGUCCCCGAUCCGGGCUCGAAGGCAGCGGUGAGGCCGAGACUGCUGUUCUGCACCGCGGCGGGUGCGAUCGGCGUCAUCGCUCUCGUUCGAGACGACGAGGCGCGUCUGCUGGCCAAGGUCGAACGCAACAUUCUCUCGCUCGUCGAGUCUGACACCGCUGCAGGGUCGGCAGGCGUAGUCGGCGAUAUCAAGCACGAGGACUGGCGCACGCUGAGGACGGAUCACAGGGUACAGCCUCCCGCCGGGUUCCUCGAUGCCGACGUGCUGCAGAUGUUUGUCGAUGGCAGACUGGAUCGCGCACAGAGGGAUCGCGUCGUGGCUGGACCCAGAUCGGGGGCGGAGGCGUUGGGCGUGGAGAGGGAGGUGGUGGAGCAGCUGAUUGAGACGCUCAGUCAGGUGUGCUGA